AUGCCGACCAAGACCAAAUCCACCGCUUCCGUCUCCGCAGCUGCGGCGGAGAAACCCAUCAUCGCCACCCCUUCCUCCUCCCAAAUCGGCGUCUCCAACUCCAACCUCGACCCCACGCAGGUCCUCAAAGCCUUCCGCGCACUCUCGGCCCACAUCGCUCGUCGAUCCAAAACCUCUUCCACGGAUCUUCCGCUCGACGGUCCUUCCGGUUCGCUUCGCGAUCCGUCCAACACAGUGUACCUUCAACUGACCCUUUCGCACCUCAGUCCGACAUCGCACGUCAAACCGGUGCGGAUCAACCUCCCGCACGCGCUGCACACUCCGGGGGACGUGUCCGUUUGUUUGUUGGUGAAGGAUCCGCAGAGGGAGUACAAGGAUCUGCUGGUGGAGAGGGGGAUCAAGUCCAUCUCGAGGGUUGUCGGUGUGACCAAGUUGAAGGGCAAAUUCAAGCCGUUCGAUGCACGUCGGGCGUUGGUCCAAGAUCAUGAUCUGUUCCUGGCCGAUUCUCGCAUCAUUCCGACGCUACCGAACCUCUGCGGCAAAGUGUUCUUCGAUGCCAAAAAACACCCUAUCACGGUCAACUUGACCAAGAAAGGGUUGGAGGAAGAACUCGAUUCCGCCAUGUCCGCGACCACUUUCCUCCAAAACAAAGGCUCCUGCACAACGAUCAAGAUCGGUUACAUGGCCAAACACUCGCCCGAAGAACUCACGGAAAACCUACUCGCUGUCAUCCCCGCCGUCCUGAGUAGGGUCAAAGGUGGAUGGGAGAACGUCAACAACAUCGACGUCAAGACGGGCAACAGCGCCGCCCUCCCCGUGUGGAACAAAAAACUCGGUGUAAAGACACACGUCACCCCUUCUGAACCCCCAAAGGUGGAAGAAGCUACACCGACCAAGACAAGCAGUCCGGUGAAAAAGGUACAGGUGGCGGAGGAGGAGGAGAAGACUGCCAGUCCUAGUCCGAGGAAAACCCGUGCUACCGCGGCGAUCAAGAAGGCAGGUGCAAAGGUCAAGCAGCAGGACGCUGCUACACCCACCAAAAGCACGCCGAAGAAAUCCACCUCUAGCACCACAAGAAGCACCAGAAAGCUCAAGUAG